UGGAGAUGUGCCAUUACAAGUCCGGUAUAUAAAGCGUAUUUUGGUAUCGGAACAUCCAUUCAGUCUUUGAUUUCCAAUAAAAUAGUACGCACUUAUUGUUGGAGCUUUUAAACAUGAGAUACUUAAAAGAUUUCAGUGUAUUUGGAUUACUUGUAAUAUCCCUUUUCAACAUGAUCAAUACAUCCAUUCAGAUCCCACUAGAACAACAAGUAGAAGAAAGCAAAGAAGUUAAAUUUUGUCUCCUUGAGUGCAUGGCAUGCAAAGAACUAUGGGGAGGAAACUAUGAUGGACACGCAUGCGCAAGCGGGUGCUUCUUAACAGAAGGAAGAAGCAUUGACCAAGACUGUAGACUUGGAACUAAUAUGCCGAAAAGAUACACAGAUCUUAAAUCAACAGACCAGUGCAAGAAACAGUGUGAAAUUUGUACAAUGAAAUAUUCAUCCCGAAACUAUGAUAAAAGCAAAUGUCUUGAAACAUGUGACCAAGUAUUAGGAAAAGAAAGAGAUGAGACCUGCAAUAAAUUUCUAAGUUUAUAUAAAAUAAAAUAACAAACUAUAGUAACACUUGAUUACAAAUCAAAAUAUCAUGUAUAUUAUGUGCAAACGACUUGCUUUUUCAAGUCAAAUAACAUUCGAACAAUAGCCAUGAGUUUUUUUCCAAAUCAAACAUUAAUUUAGAUGGUAAAAUAAACUAUAAAAUUAAAUAUAUUAUUUAUUCA